ACCAGCACCAUGAAAGCUGCCCAGAAUUGUCUGCUGCUCUUGAUGUUUUUGGUCCAGCAAGCAACUAACAUUGAAGCUUUGAGGUGCUAUACCUGCAUGGGCUCCAAUAAUAAUGACUGUAACCAGCAAGGCUCCAGGUCUUGUCCCAGCUACUCUGAUGCUUGUGCUGUAGUGGUCGGCCAUGACAGUGGGGUGAUGAAGUCAUGUUCCUACAAGUCUUUCUGUAGCCAGGCCAGCAGCCAGGGCUACAGAGCACCUGGUGUCAAAGUUCACUGUUGCUACAGUGAUGACUGUAACGUAACAAGCUUUGCCUCUCAGCUUCCUGGACUCAACUGUUUGCUGCUGUUUCUGCCACUGCUGUUGUGCUGAUUUUUCAAGACAAACAACUCAACAAAAUCAUGCCAACAAGUAUCCAUCUGCCACAGAAAUCACAAUUUUUAUGCCAAUAAGCUGGCCUCUUUUCACACUACGUGCACUCCUGGUUACCAACACUCCACAUUACAUUGGUUUAUGCACUUAGACAUCAGGGGGAUUCUGCACAUAGUAGGGCUGAAGGUUUAAGGUGUAAC